AUGCCUACCACACAUCCUCGGUUCAUGCCUAGCAUACAACCUCAGUUCAUUCCUGCCACACAGCCUCGGUUCACCCCUGCCAGACAGCCUCGGUUCAUGCCUGCCAGACAGCCUCGGUUCACACUUGCCACACAGCCUCAGUUCUCGCCUGCCACACAGCCUCAGUUCUCGCCUGCCACACAGCCUCGGUUCAUGCCUACCACGCAGCCCCAGUUGACCCUUGCCAUGCAGCCUCAGUUCACGCUUGCCACGCAGCCUCAGUUCUUGCCUAACACACAGUCUCAGUUGAUGCCUGCCACACAGCCUCAGUUCACGCCUGCCAUGCAGCCUCAGUUCUUGCCUGCCACACAGCCUUGGUUCACUCCUGCCACACAGCCUCGGUUCAUGUCUGCUACACAGCCUCGGUUCAUGCCUGCCACACAGCUUUGGUUCAUGCCUACCACGCAGCCUCGGUUCAUGUCUGCCACACAGCCUCGGUUCAUGUCUGCUACACAGCCUCGGUUCAUGCCUGCCACGCAGCCUCGGUUCAUGCCUACCACGCAGCCUCGGUUCAUGCCUACCACGCAGCCUCGGUUCAUGUCUGCCAUUUAG